GCAGCGACCUGAGGGACGAAAGGGCACAGGAGGCCAGCCCGCCCCUUUUCUACCGGAGGUCGCGUUCCUGGGCUGCUCCCUUCGUGCUCUCGGGCGGAGCCUUCCGUGAGCACCGUCGGACUUGUCUGUGCCACCGUCUCUCCUCUGGGUCUCAAUAAAGUUUUCCUCUUCCUUCUCUUGUACGGAGCUCAAGAUGGCGGCCUCCUGGCCGCCCUUGGUUACCCUGCGAUUAGUGCAGAGCCGGUUGAGGGGGAGAUGUGUUGGGUGCGGAGCCUGGGCCGCCGCUCUAACCCCUCCGGCCACCGCCCCUGGGAGCCCCUUUUGGAAAGCCUAUACAGUUCAGAUACCCGAGAGUAUGUCUCCAUCUGUGGCCACAGAAACUUAUGUGAAAGCUUUGGCUUUUUGCCAUGGACCUCUGGACCACUAUGACUUUCUGAUAAAAAAUCAUGAGAUAAAGGAGGAUGCACAUCAAAGAAGAGUCAUACAGUGUUUGCAGAAGUUACACGAGGACCUUAAAGGAUACAGUAUAGAGGCAGAAGGCAUUUUUUCAAAGCUUUUUUCAAGGAGCAAACCUCCAAAGGGCCUCUAUGUUUAUGGAGAUGUUGGUACAGGGAAAACAAUGGUGAUGGACAUGUUUUAUACUUAUGUGGAAAUGAAGAGGAAAAAACGGGUUCAUUUUCAUGGUUUCAUGCUAGAUGUUCACAAAAUAAUGAAAUGCUGGGUGCUGAAAAAGCCUGCUCUUCAAGAAUGUGUGGCCAGUUGUCUUCUGUUCACUUAUACUGUAAAAUUACUGUUCCCGGCAAAGCUGAACAAGAAAGGGGACAAGAUCAAAAGAGUAUACAUUGGCACUCGGCUGCAGCAAGUCACUGACAUUGCUGAUGCCAUGAUUCUGAAACAGCUUUUUGAAAAUCUGUUCAAAAAUGGGGUCGUCGUUGUGGCAACAUCCAACAGGCCACCAGAAGAUCUCUAUAAAAAUGGACUACAAAGAGCUAACUUUGUACCAUUCAUAGCUGUCCUGAAGGAGUACUGCAACACGGUCCAGCUGGAUUCUGGGAUAGAUUACCGGAAAAGGGCGCUGCCUGCUGCAGGAAAGCUCUACUACCUCACAAGUGAGGCUGAUGUGGAGGCUGUCAUGGAUAAGUUGUUUGAUGAGCUGGCUCAGAAACAAAAUGAUUUAACUAGACCAAGGAUUCUAAAAGUGCAAGGCAGAGAGCUGUGGCUGAAUAAAGCCUGUGGAACCAUUGCCGACUGCACAUUUGAAGAGCUGUGUGAAAGACCGCUUGGAGCCAGUGACUAUUUGGAACUAUCAAAGAAUUUUGAUACAGUAAUUUUGCGAAACAUUCCCCAAUUUACACUGUCAAAAAGGAGUCAAGCUCGAAGAUUCAUAACUCUCAUUGAUACCCUCUAUGAUUUCAAGGUGCGCUUAAUUUGCUCCGCGCCGGCUCCUUUACCAAGCUUGUUUCUGCAUCAGCCUCAUGACAGUGAGUUGGAGCAAAACAGAAUAAUGAUGGAUGAUUUGGGGCUGAGCCAGGACUCAGCAGGUCUCUCCAUGUUUACCGGAGAAGAGGAAAUCUUUGCAUUUCAGCGCACAAUUUCCCGACUCACAGAAAUGCAGACUGAACAGUACUGGAAUGAAGGCGACAGAAGCGCGCUGUAACCGUCACUUACGCGUGAAUGAAACGCUGGACGGAUGAUUGCCACAGGGAGAGCUCUUUAUUAUGAGACUUGAAGAAAUCAUUUUCUCAUCAUUAAUUAUGCACUUUGUCCUCUGGACCACUUAUAUCUAAAAUUGCUAUCAAAGAUGUAGUGGAUUAGUAAGUUAAAGCCAUUUCUAUAAGUCUACUUUGUGCCUAUUUAUUUGGCCUUACUUCUGCACCACAAAAAUAAAACCAGCACUGCUGAGGUUAAGGUAGGACCAUACUUUGGGCUCCAUAUGAAGCCACCCGAGUGAACCUUGAGUACACACACGUCCGAGCUGUGGCUGUGUGGCAGCCGCACAAUAGGAACACAUCUUGUGUGAGAGGAGGAAAAACCCUAUGUUUCAACUGAAAGCAAAGAAAGCAUUCUGAUCUGACUAUAAACUACAGGGAAUCAUACUUUGGAAUGUGGGCUUCCAUAUGUGUUUCAGGGGGCUAGGAAUUGUACCGAAUCUCCCAGGUCUUCAGGUUUUCUCACAGCAGAGAAUCUAUUUUUCACCCUGAGGUCAAGCUUGGCAGGCAGGAUGUGACCUGCAGUGGACACAGAGCUGUCUGAAGAGAUUGAGGAUUAUGACACCAUGGGAUAAGGCGCAAGGAUGUCAAAUUCUAACCAACAGGCAGGCUCCCCAACUCUGUAGAGGACAGAUGCCAGGAAUGGGGACCUGUGAGAGUGUCCAGAGGGGCCCAGUCCUGGACACACCGAGCAGCAGGGUGGUCUCCUGCCCACCUGAGGCCAGCUGGACCGAAGGACAGCGCUCCUCCCACUGCUCACGCGCACUGGCUCUGGUUGCAGAACGCCACUCCCCACCCCUGCCUCUGCUGCUACUGCGAGAGGGGCCUGAUGGAAAUAGGAAUGAACACUUGACGAAUCUACUUAAAUAAAACCUGAUUUAUCCUGCA